CUGUCACACGCUCAUACAACUUUAACUGGAAAUUGCAAAAUAUUUACUUCUCGUGUAUGCAGCGGUCAGUGUACGCAAGGGAGUAGAAAAAGGGAGGACAAGUAAUUCUUCAUUCACAAAGAAUUUAAAGGAGAGUGGAUGUGGUGGGAUGUUUGUGUUAGAUAUCUUAGCAUUGCUCACAGAGAGCUGUGUGCUGAACUCUCCUACAUGCACAUCUCUCUCAACCAGAUAAUUUAAAAGUUCAUUGCCUACUUUUUUCCACACUUUUCCUCACAGAGGUUGACUUUUUAGAUGAUUUAAAAGCGUUGGGGUCCACAAGCCUGUUUCAAACAGACAGCCUUUGGUUUAAUCCGGUCCUUGAACUCCACAGCAGCUUCCUCUGAGGAACACUUCCCCCAUCCUGACGUCAGCUGGAUGUGAGAGUUUUCUCCCCAUCCCGGCGCUCAACUGGCAUUUACACAUCAGCUCCUCAGCAGGACUUUUAGGGACCCCGACAUUCUCGUGUCCUCUGAGGCCAAAUGAAAAACGUGGAGGGAGAGCCCACGUCUGCAGGGUGGGACAGCCUCCUCCCGGCUCAGAAUGCUGCCUGAGGCCCUCCUCCAGCCGUGAUGCCUGCCCUCCGCCCCCCCGCCUCCCUGCUGCUGGCGCUGCUGUGCGCGGCGGCGGCGGCGGCCGGCCGGCAGCAGUCUGACCUGUAUCUGGCCUGUGUCACGCACAGCAGCUUCCUGUACUACUCGUGCAGCCGGGAGCCGCGGCCCUGCAGCGCCUCGGCCCUGACCGACGGCAUCUGCACCGACGUCCGCUCCCAGCUGCACUCCGACGCCGAGAUCAAAACGCUGACCGUCUGGUUCACCUCGCCGCCCAACGUCUCGCGUCUGCUCAACAACUCGGACGUGAGGCAUCUGACGCUGAUCCGCUGCGGCGCCGGGGGAGCCAAGGCGGCGUCCGGCCUGCCGCCGGACGAGCAUUUCGCCGUGAAGCGCCUGGAGAGGCUGACGGUGAUAAAGCUGCCGGAGAGGCCGUUUCCCCACUGCCCCGAAGCCAACCGGGCCUGGAACGCAGACUUAAACGCCAACUCGGACAGAGACAAUGAUUUCCUCUUCGACGCAGACAGAUACAGCAGGGACAGGGACACCAACAUGGACCUGGGCGCGGACACGAGCAGAGACGCUCUGGCCGCGUCUCAGAUCCAGGACAUCUUCCUGGGCAGGGAGCUGGGAGCGGCAUUUCACGAGCAGGUCAGGCUGGGGAUCAUCCACAGCUCGGCGCUGGACUGGGGAGCAGCCCUUAAGGCCUACACAGUCCAGACACACAUGGGCAGCGACGGUACUCUUCCCUUCCCCGGCCUCAAACUGUCCAAACUAGAAGACGCAUCAGUCAUAUACGUCAGCUUUGUGUACUGAUAAAAAGUCUCUGGAGAAAGAUGGCGUGCACUAAAAGAAAGAAAAUCUUUCUGAUGAUCAUUUUAGCUGAAAAAGAAUCCCUUAAUCCUAUUGAAACUGAAGAUAAAACAGUUGUCAGCUGACAGUAUGUUGCCUUUAUAGUUAUUUUACAAAUACAAGCAAACAUUUGGCUGGAAAUAAAGUGAAAAGAUAAUCACUUGAAACAACUUGAAUUAUAAAAGUAAACUAAAGGAAAUCUUUGGCAUUGAUCAGGGACUAAUUGCCACUAAUUCAGAGCUUGUUUAAUCUUUUGAAGUUACUGAACUACAGUCUUUUUUAAGGAUGGUAAUCUGAUAAGUUUUCAAUUUUCCAUCAGAGUGUGUUUUGUUUUCAGUGAAAAACUAAAACAAAAUAAAAGUUUCACUUCAUGGAGCUACUGUUGUUGUUGAACAUUGUGAACGGAUGCAGUGUCUGUGUGUCUGAGACCAGGAUGGUGACAGAGUUAGGUUCUGCCUCUGAACUCAAACUAUGAGUGCUGCUUUAGGCACCUAAAUAAAGUGUUUCACACAGGACAUUAGCUCCAUUUCGUGACAAUGAGAGAAAAAUGUUUUCAGGGUUGACUUUACUUUAAUCUGUCAUUUGUGAGGAGCUUCAACAUUUUCCCAGAGUUUUCCGAGGGCAGCAUGUGGACGUUAUUGAUAGAGUUACUGUACUUCGCAGGAAGAGCCACUAGGUGGCAGCAGAUACGUACGAGUCCAAACAGAGACACUAAUGUGAGAAGUUCUGUACAAACCAUCAUUUGACAAAAUGUCAAAAGUAAAUAAAGUA